AUGACCUUUAAUACAUCACAAUUUAAAUCGUACCGUCUACAAUCUAUAUCUGGUUACAUAAUCUCCUCGGCUUACAAUAUCAUUGUACCCGCAAAGCAUGCUUUAUUUUGGUACGGUAUGAAAUCAAACUGUCUUAUGAAUGUAAGUUGCCCUUCUGAGUGCGUUUGUGAGACGUCCGUUAUCAAAUGUACCUUGUUCAGUAUGCACUCAGUACCUAUUUAUAUUAGACAAAAUGAAGAUGGAUCAAAAUUUGAGAAGAUGGUAGUUCCAGCUGAUAUCAUUUUAGAUAAAUUAAAUCUCUCACUAGGAUAUGUAUACUUCACAGUGGUUAUUAAAGAUACAUCAGUGAAAGAGUUAAGGAAAGGAAAUUUCGUUGGUUAUUCCGGUUUGAAAUACUUGGACCUUUAUAAAAAUGAUAUUAACUAUAUCGAAGGUCAAAGUUUUGCGGGAAUGAGCGCAUUAAAAAAACUAGAUAUAUCCUCCAAUUUUAUCACAAUGUUAUCGCCAGAAAUGUUUUACGGGUUGGCAGCUGUUACAGAAAUGGCAUUAGAUGGCAAUAAAAUUGAUCGCAUCGAUCCCAUGAUUUUUUAUUACAACAAAAAUUUAACAAAUUUAGGCUUGAAAUAUAACAGAAUUCGCCACUUAACACCUGCAUUCACCACGCUGAAAAGACUUAAGAUUCUACAGUUGUCUAAUAACCCUUUGGUUUACCUUCCUCACGCUGCUCUUUUUGGAUUAAUGAGUUUAGAUGUUCUAUAUGUUGGAGGCAGAAAUUUUAAAGGCUUUCUUCCAGGCAGUUUGAGUCAUCUGCGAGAAUUAAAAUCAAUGUAG